ACAAAGCAUCAUGAGCAACACCCGGCCUCUGCAUUAUAACAUUCUAGAAUCCAUUCCGGUUUUAGCUAAUUUUUUAUUCUUUAUAACCCGAUUCUCAAUAUAAAUAACUAAAAUUAAAUAUUUGAAUUACUCACUAAUUGCAUAUACGUCCUUAAAAAGCCUAAGGGCGGAGUGAGGUUCUUGUUUAGUUUUCGUCAUUUUUCUUUUUGAAACCAAUGUAGACGUUAAACAUAGUUAAUUACCUUUUACUUUUGAGUACCAAAUCCAGAUAAUUUCAGCUUACCAAAGUAACAUCUCAAGUUAGAUUUUUCUCUUAUGUUGUGCUUUUUUUAGAUGGUUGGGCUUGUCUCUCUCAAAAGAAAAUACGGUCAGGCUUGUCAGCUCUUCUCUUUCGCCAGGAGAAUCUUUGAAUGCAUUUUGCCUUUAUUGACCAUCAUCAAACAUUACGUCGCAUAAAUGAGAGGAAGAAAUACAGUUUGAUUUUCUUCACAGUUCGUGUUGGGUAUAAACAAAAUCGAACCAGUGCUAUAAAUAACAAAUGACAUCCUUUGAAAUUAUUACAUCUUUUCGAUUAUAUAGAAAUAAUAUGUACCAAGCCGUGUUGAUCGCUGUAUAGAAAAACCGAUAUGUCGUGGUAAUAGUUGGUUUGGCAGUGAGUCACAUUGCAUGGUUUAAAAUUGAAAUCAUAAAAUCUCUAGACAACAAACUGAUUAAAUUUGAGCAAUGCCACAAUACCAGGAGUUACUACUUCGGUUGGGCUGCCAUCCAUCCAUCCAUCCAAGAAGAAAAAGGAAAGAAACGAGGGCAACAAGCAGCGGCAGCUGUCUCCACCACUCCACCAGUCCGUUCUCGCCGGCGCCUCUGUCCCCAAAUCCAAAUGGCGGACGAGGCCGCCGGAGCGAACUGCCCUCGCCGCAGCACGCGCCUCCUCCCCCGGAUCCACGCGAAUGAGGAGGAGGCCGAAAUUGCAACCCGCCGUUGCAGCCCGCGCCUCCAUCCCCAAACCCUCGCGAGCAAGGAGGUCUCCGGAGUGACCCGCCGCAGCAGCCCGCGAUUCCAUCCCCAAAUCCACGCGAGUGGGGAUGGGGAGGCCGCCCGAGUGACCCGCCGCCGCCGCCGCGGAACCUCGCCGGAGGCGGCUGACUCCCUGCCGGCCAGCGACGAUCUACUCCGGGAGAUCCUCCUCCGCCUCCCGCCGCAGCCGUCCUCCCUCCCACGCGCCGCCGCCGCCUGCAAGCGCUGGCUGCGCGUCGCCGCCGACCCCCGGUUCCUCCGCGGCUUCUCUGCCCAUCACGGCAAGCCGCCACUCCUCGGGGUCUUCGAGCCCCUCGACUGGGAGAUCGACUCGCGCGGCCUCCUUAAUCGUCGCUCCUUCAAGCGCCGUGACAAGUGGAUCGCGUUCACGCCCAUCCUCGACCCUCCCGACCGGAUCCCUCCUCAGCGCUUCGACCUGCGACGUCACGGCGUCGAAACCGGCAUCCGCUCCAGGGCCCAGCUGCUCGGGUGCCGCCACGGCCGCCUUCUCAUCAUGGACCAUGUGCCCAUGGAGUUAGUUGUCUAUGCCCCCAUCACCGGCGAGCAGCGCCGUUUGGCCGUUCCCUCCAAGUUUAAGAUGGACUUUCUCAACGCGGCGGUGCUCUGUGCUGACGACGAGCUUGGCCAUGUGCACGGCAGCUGCCAUUGGAGCCCAUUCAAGGUAGUCUUGGUGUCCAUGUACAGAAAGGAUAAUCGACCGGUUGCUUGUGUUUACUCUUCGGAGGCUGGUGUAUGGGGCAAUCUCAUAUCUACAGACGCUCGAUGCGGGCUUGUUGAUGCUAAUCCCGGGAUUCUUGUUGGUAAUGUCCUUUACUGGUCGUCGAAGUCUGUGUGUGACGGCGAAGGUUUGUGCUAUUCGGAUAGGCUCACAAAUGAUAUAAUUGAGUUUGAUUUGGAUACACAUAGCCUAGCUGUGAUCAAGGGGCCUCCCCUGUCUCAGUAACUCACUUAGACAUCAGAUCGUCAAGGCAGACGAUGGUUCUGUUGGUCUCACCAUAGUCUUUUAUGGUAGAUUCAAAAUGUGGCAGAGGAAUAUUGAUUGUCAUGGUGUUGCCACAUGGUUAAAUCACAAGAGCAUUCAAAUGCAUCAUAUUCUUGGGCUCUCUCAUCACCUUGAGAUAUCGCCGAGAUGGAUAGAUGUGCUGGGGUAUGAUGAGGAUAAUGGUGUAAUAGUUUUACAUGUGGACGCCAGUGUCUACAUGGUUCAACUGAUGUCGAUGCAAUCCAAGAAACUUUAUCGAAGCUAUUGUCCCAAUAAUAGAUGUCACCCUUUCACAAGUUUCUAUGCACCAGCCAUUCCUGCUGGAUGCGAUGGAGCUGAAAUGUUGCACGAUACGUAGGAUGACUGUCUGGUUGCAUGUCAUAAUGUGCUUGAAUGGUUCAACAGGUGAAGUAAUUAAGGGCUGCUGCUGUUCUUCACAAGUUUGUCAUGUUGCAUCAAUCUGGUCGGCAGCGUAUAUAUAUGUUACGUGGAAGAACUUACUGUGCUUGUGCCGUAGCCUAACUAAGUUUGUAAUGUAACAAGAUGCUUUUUAAUAUCUAUUCUAAGGAAGUUCAAGACAGAUUCCGUUGUA